GUGCCCCUAUUCACAAUACCUGGUCCAUAUCAGGUUGCUUAUCUACAUACGGACAGAAUAGACAUGUUUACAGUAUCAUGGAGCCGCCCGGACUCCUGUUUACGAACGGACUGAUCUUAUGUGGUUUCAAGUUCAACAUGGCGGGCCACCACCCAACGGUAUGAACAGGAGAGGCCCGAGGACUAGGAGACGUAGAAGAAACGUAGAGAGUUUACCAGAUUUAGUGACGUCAUUUAGAACAUUAGAUAUGGACGAUACCACAGACCCAGCAGGAUGGGGGACAGGUGUGAAGACGCCGUACAGAUUACCCAGACUGCACCUGGGCGAUGCUAAGAAUGACGGGGAAAUUACCAGAAGCAAUCCACCUGUCCACCCGGAGGGGUACUACACCAGGAGUACGAGAACGCCUCCCCCGCUGGAGAUCAGCACCACGUCCAUCAUCCUGCCGGCGCAGUCCCUGGCGCAGCUGGCCCGGCAGAGGAGGCUCGGCGUGCCGAAGUUUAAGGCCGCCAUGGUCCGGCCCAGGUUCACGGCCAUCCCGCACACACCGCCACAGUCAGUCAACAUGGACCACGACGACCUGUCCGUGUCAACGACGGCGUUCCCUAGUUUAUUCCGCAAGACGCCGCACUCGUUACAGAGGGACCUCCUCCCCACCCCGUCACCCCGCACAUCGCGGCAAGGCGGGAGAAGCCCUGACUGGAAACUGUCAUCAUACCCGACUACCGUCUAUGACUCAAAGGACCAAGGGAACACCGGCCCAUACUCACGUGAGUUCAUCGUCCACUGCAUGGCUCCCAACAAUUGGUUGAGAAUGAAGCUGCGGAAACACGUCAGAACCACGCCCGCCAGAUGAACCUGGUCGUCCUGGAAACGGGAAAAAUCUAUGUAAAUUAAUGCAAACUAUGUAGAGUAUUGAAUGGAUAGUAUUGAAUGUUUAAUAUGGAAUAAUAAUUCUGUUGCAAACUUGCCACCAUAUGCUUCUCAAUGUACAUCGUUGUACCGUGACAACUGGCUGCUUGGUCGUUCUUUUAAACUAGAAUUAAAAGAAUAAGCUAAUAUUUGAUAGAAUUAUUAAAUGAAAUCACGUCAUUUAGAAAUAUCACUGUGUGCAAAAAAUGUUUGCUUGUACCCCAGAUAUUAUGUUUACAGAUACUAGAGAUUCAAUAUACAAAGUUAUUUUUGUUGCCGAGAAAUAUCCUUUGAAUGUUGUCACACAGCUACUAAGUAUCAUCUGUGUAGAUGUUGUAUUUCCAUUUUCACACACAGCGUAAUAUGUUAGAAUUAAUUACAAUUUCAUUUCAUUUGUGUCUUCAAGCCAUAAGAAUAAAUUUCU